AUGGCGGGAGGAGGAGGAUUUGUGUACGGGGAAGUGGUGGCGUUUUCAGCGAUGGUGAGUAUAGAGUGUAUGAAUGUUGGGCUGAACACACUCUUCAAAGCUGCAACUAUGGCGGGCAUGAGCUACCAUGUCUUUGUUGUCUAUUCCUACGCAAUUGCUACUCUUGCUCUCCUCCCGGCUCCUUUCUUCUCCCGCAGAUCAAGAGCUCUUCCUCGGUUAAGUUUCUCUGUACUCUGGAAAAUUGGCCUUCUUGGGGUCAUUGGAAGCUCAUCCCAGAUCAUGGGAUACGCAGGCAUCAAUUACAGCUCUCCUACACUUGCUUCAGCUAUAGGCAACCUCACUCCAGCUUUUACCUUUUUACUUGCUGUCAUUUGCAGAAUGGAGAAAGUCAUUGUGAGGAGAAGAUCCAGUCAGGCCAAAGUACUGGGCACAGCAGUCUCAAUAGCAGGUGCAUUUGUUGUAACUCUCUACAAGGGUGCUCCAAUUAUCAAGGCUUCUCUGUCAUCGUCAACUGUUCAACUCAAUCAAUCUCUUGCUAGCUCACCAACCCAAAACUGGGUCCUUGGUGGGUUUUUCCUCACCUGUGAGUACCUUCUAGUUCCUUCAUGGUACAUUGUUCAGACUCAAAUUAUGAAGGAGUACCCAGCUGAAGUCACGGUAGUCUUCUUCUACAAUAUAGUUGUGUGCAUCAUAGCAGCAUUUGUUGCUCUUGUUACAGAAGGGACUUCUCCAACUGCCUGGAUAUUGAAGCCUAAUGUAGCGUUAGCAUCCGUGGUUUGCUCGGGAUUUGGAUCGUGCUUGAACAACAGUGUUCAUACAUGGGCACUGCGGAUCAAGGGACCUGUGUUUGUAGCAAUGUUUAAGCCGUUGUCCAUCGCCAUCGCUGUUGCUAUGGGCGUGAUGUUUCUGGGCGACACACUUUAUCUGGGAAGUGUGAUUGGGGCAGUAGUAAUAUCGAUUGGAUUUACACUCUGA